AUGUACUAUUACACUUCGUUAUAUGUGCCAUUUAUGGCCUUUAUUCCUUUUAUGGCAUUAAUGACAGAAAUGGAAUUAAUUCCAUUAAUUCCAUUAAUGGCACUUCGGGAAUUAAUGCCAUUUCGCUACGAAGUUCAAUCUUAA